AUGAAACGCUUCAAGGCGUACAUUGAGGACGUUGUUACCGAGGACAUUGUCCUCAAGAACAUGACGGACCCAGGGGCUCUACAUUCGUACUUUCGUCAUAAUUUCAACCCCGGGAUUUCGCCGACGUGUUCUACUGGAUUCAACGGCUCUUGGAUUGGGAUAAGACAUUCCGCUUGGAAAGAAUUUCAUCAAAGACUGCACUGGGACAUCUGUCAAACCGGAAACUACAGGUUCGCAAGGGGGAGACUGGGUGGGGAUCCCUGGAGUUCUGGGACGAAAUGGCGCACGGACGCUCACUACGAUGUUGUCAAGCCUGGACUAGAGACGUUUGCGAAGAAAUUUGCGUCUACAGCGAUUCGGAGGGCGAAGGCUAAGGUGGAAAGGCCAAAGGGACCAAAGCGAAAAAUUGUUCCACCCCAUUUAGGCCUCUGA